GCGCUGCGGGGAGGCGGGCCAGGAGGGCUGCGGGGCAAGAGCUGAACACAGCCGUUCUCCCUUUCUUUCCUCUCCUCCAGCGGCAUUUUGGCCUCUUCACCUCUUUGAAGCCUGUCCGCGCGCUAGGCCGGAAACAUGAGCAGCAACAACUUCAGUGCGAAUGAUGAGUUUGACGAGCAGUUGCGAAUGCAAGAAUUGUACGGAGACCCCAAAGACGGUGACACCCAGAAUGAUCCCACUGGAGAAACUGAUCCUUUGGAGCAGCAGCCUGCUGACACCCCCUACGAGUGGGACCUAGAUAAGAAAGCUUGGUUUCCCAAGAUCACUGAAGAUUUCAUCGCUACAUAUCAGGCUAAUUAUGGCUUCUCUAAUGAUGGUGCAUCCAGUUCUACUUCAAAUGCCCAGGACAUUAGUACCAAGACUGCAGAAGAACCUCCGCAAAGAGAAGUACCUGAGACUGCUGACCCCAGAAAGAGAGGAGAAAAAAGAAAGGCUGAGUCAGGAUGGUUUCAUGUUGAAGAAGACAGAAACACAAAUGUGUAUGUGUCUGGUUUGCCUCCAGACAUUACAGUGGAUGAAUUUAUACAGUUGAUGUCUAAGUUUGGUAUUAUUAUGAGAGAUCCUCAGACAGAAGAAUUUAAGGUCAAACUUUACAAAGAUAAUCAAGGAAAUCUUAAAGGAGAUGGACUUUGCUGUUAUUUGAAGAAAGAAUCUGUGGAACUUGCAUUGAAACUUUUGGACGAAGAUGAAAUUAGAGGCUAUAAGUUGCAUGUCGAGGUGGCAAAGUUCCAAUUGAAAGGGGAAUAUGAUGCCUCAAAGAAGAAGAAAAAGUGCAAAGAUUAUAAGAAGAAGCUGUCUCUGCAACAGAAGCAGUUGGAUUGGAGACCUGAGAGGAGAGCUGGGCCAUCACGGAUGCGCCACGAGAGAGUUGUCAUCAUCAAAAAUAUGUUUCAUCCCCAGGAUUUUGAGGAUGACCCACUGGUGCUGAAUGAGAUUCGAGAAGACCUUCGAGUAGAAUGUUCGAAGUUUGGACAGAUACGGAAACUCCUUCUCUUUGAUAGGCACCCAGAUGGUGUGGCCUCCGUGUCCUUCAGGGAGCCAGAGGAGGCUGACCAGUGUAUUCAGUCUCUUGAUGGAAGGUGGUUUGGUGGCCGUCAAAUCACUGCCCAAGCGUGGGAUGGGACUACAGAUUACCAGGUUGAGGAGACUUCGAGAGAAAGAGAGGAAAGGCUGAAAGGGUGGGAAGCAUUUCUCAAUGCUCCUGAGGCCAACAGAGGCCUUCAACGUUCAAACUCCAUCUGUGCUUCAGAAAAGGCAGGGCCUUCUAGAAUAAGGCAUUUUUCAGAACACACAAGCACAUCUGAAAUGAAUGAUCAGGAAGCUGCAAUUGGAAUGGCAUAUGAAGAGCCUAUAGAUGAGCAGAAGUUUGAAAAGGCUGAAGGUGGAGAAUUUGAAGGAGAUACUUCUGGAAAAGAUGCUAAAGAAGACAGAUAUGAAAAAGAGGUGAAAGAAAAUUGGCCUGGGAAGGAAUCUGAAGAGAACUGCCCUGAAGGAGAAUGUGAAGAAAGCUGCACCGAGAAAGAAGAGAGUAGUCCUAGAAAGGAGUCACAAGAGAAUGGGCCAGGAAGAGAAUCUAAGAAGAGAGGCAAAGACAGUUGUGAAGAAAAUGGCCUUGCAAAAGAAGCUGAAGACCAUGGCCCAGACAAGGAGUCUGAAGAGGAAGACAGCCUCAAGAAAGAGUCAGAAGAGGAUGAUUCAGAGAGGGAAUCAGAUGAAGACUGUUCAGAAAAGCAGUCUGAUGACAGCUCUGAAAAAGAAUUAGAAGAAAACUGUCUUGAAAAAGAUUUUGAAGAUGGUGGCUCUGACAAGGAGUGUGCUGAAAAUCUUGACAAAGAGGUAGAAGAAAAUGACACCGACAAAUCAGAAUUUGAGGAAGGAUCUGAAAGAGUGCUGGAUGAGGAAGGCUCCGAUAGAGAAUUUGAUGAAGAGUCAGAUGAAAAGGAAGAAGAUACCUUUGAGAAGGUUUUUGAUGAUGAAUCAGAUGAAAAAGAGGAUGAAGAAGAUGUAGAUGAAAAGGGGUGUGAAGAUGAAAAAGAGGAAGAAGAUGAUAUGGACGAAAAGCUCUUUGAUGACUCUGAUGAGAAGGAAGAUGAAGAAGAUGCAGACCUGAAGAAAGAUGAAGAUGCUGAUGAAAAGCUUUUUGAAGAUAAUUCCAAUGAGAGGUCAUUUGAUGAGGAGGAGGCUUCCAAUGAGAAGUUGUUUGAUGAUGCUGACGACAGGGGGACUAUGGGAAAUGUGAAGGAAGAUGGGUCUCAGUCCACAGACAGCAGCUUUGUCCUCAGUAGUGACGAUGAUGAAGAUGAAGCUUAAUCCCUUCCACUUGCUUUUAGGGAAGAGCUCUCAAAUCCAUUUGCCUGUGCUUCAGGGCCAUUAGUAGUGGUAGGAUGCCAUCAGACUAAUGCCUCCAAAGUUUUCAUUCUCACCUGUACCUAAGGAUUUUAAAUAUGUUCAUUGGCUUUUGAGUUAAACUUCAUAGCUGUAAAGCAAGUAACUGGAUAUCUGUCCUUUUGUCAGAUUUGUUAAAUGCAUGCAAAAUAAUAUUUUUUAAAGUAUUCUGAUUGGAGUUUGUGAUAUUCAGAAAUAAAGAUAAAUUGAUGAUAUGCAGAAACUGAAA